AUUUAGUUUUACAUCGUAGGAUGUGAAUAGGCACAAAUUACUGGCUUCCUAGUUUUCGCGACCAAUUGUACAACUAAAAAAUCAUUUAUCAAUCAUAUUGAAAGGACACUAAACAAAACUAUUUAAUUUAAAUGCAACCUUUAAGGAAAUUUUGGAUUGAGUUUAUAGAACUAUACAAAUCACUUCCAGAAUUAUGGAAGAGAGACUCGGAACAGUAUGGCAACAAAUACCUGAAGAAGAAGGCAUAUGAACUAAUGUUGGAGAAAUUCAGAGAAAUUGAUAAGGAAGCCGAUAUUGUUGCUGUAAAACAAAGAAUAAGCAAUAUGCGUACUGCUUUCUGGCGAGAGGUGAAUAGGAUAAGAAAAAGUGAACAGAUGGCUUUGAAUCCGGACGAUGUGUACAUUCCAACCCUUUGGUAUUUUCGGCACAUGGAGUUCUUGUUAGAUGAAGAGGGGGAGCCUUCAACUGAAGCGGCAACAACAGUAGAGGCGGAUGAAGAAGAAGAAAUUGUACCCCAACAAAGAGCUACAAAACCUCCUCCAAAAAAGAGAGUAUUUACAAUGUUGCCGACGACAGAAAGUGAACCCCCUCGCAACAUACGAAAGGAUCAAGCAAGCGCUCAUAGCGCUGCCUGGGAAGCCUUAUACCGAGAUUUAGAUUCUCGUCAAAAAUUAUAUGCUAACAGAAUUAUUAGUGAAGUAUUGUAUCAAGCGGCAUUGGGUAAACUCCAGGAAAAUUCGUACAAGCUAUUGGACAUGACGGUUGAAGAUACACAUGAAGAAACCAAUCAUAACACCGAUGGAGAAUUUGAAAAUCAAUAUUACUUGACGGAAUCUACAGAAAACGAUGAGGUUGGCAAUUUGUUUAAUCAGUUGACUUCAAAAAAAUUUUGGGUUGAAUUCAUAGAUGUCUUCAAAUCGCUGCCUGCUUUAUGGAAGAAGAGCUCAGCGGAGUAUGGCGACAAGUAUCAAAGGCAAAAGUCAUUUGAUAUACUAUUGGAUAAAUAUCGGGAACUAGAUAAAGAAGCUGACAUAUUCGAUGUGAAAAGGAAAAUCAACAAUAUUCGAUCAGUAUAUCGGCGCGAAAUUAUUAGGGUCAGAAAAAGUGAACAGUCGGCAUUGGAACCCGAAGACAUAUACACGCCGACACUUUGGUAUUUUCCGCAUUUGGAUUUUUUGAAGGAUGAAGAGGAACCAGCUGAAAAUGUAUCCAUAAUGAAGAUAGAAAGGGAAGAUGAAGAGUUUUCUCCUCAAUCACGGGGCACUCCUCCCCCUAGAAAGAGAAAAAUUAUAACCACUUCUCAAGUUAAAAUUGAAAGACAACAAAAGGAACGACCAAUCGAUGAACGUACCCAAAGAGAUCGUCAACAGAACGAGCGAUCCCAGAGUGAACGAACUCUAAAUGAACGUCCUCAAUUUGAACGGAUUCUAUAUGAAAGACCACGAAAUGCACGAUCACAAAAUACAGCAACUGAUAAAGCUACUGCUUUAAGUGCUUCUUGGGAAGUCUUAUAUCGCGAUUUAGAAGAACGUCAGAAACUAUAUGCCUAUAGAAUAAUUAAUGAUGUCCUUUAUAAAGCAGCGCUAGGCAAGCUACGCGAAAACUCCUACAAAUUAUUGGAAAUGGGUGUAGAAACUCCACAUCAAGAGAUCGAUAACAAUGAGGAUGGAGACUAUGAGACUCAAUACUAUCUGACCGAAUCUAUAGAUAAUGAUGACUACGUUGAAAAGGAAGUCAAUGGAAAGAGAAAAAGAAAUUAAUGUAAAAAAUGAGUUAACAUUAAUAGGAGAACAACAAUAAAUGUUGGACAACAAAGUUUCACCAUUUCCAAUAGAUUAGCCUAUUUUUUAUGAAGUAAUGAAGGGAAUUUUUUUAUUUUUAUUUCCAUGUGAUUGAAAUAAAUACAUAAUCCGGGACCUAUCUUAUAAAUCUGUCAUUUUAA